ACACCGGCGAUAACGAAAAAAUCCGAUGGGCUCUGCAACUGAACACCGUCGUCUUCCCCGCCAUAACCACUGCGUAAACAACAUCUCUCAUUUUAUCCAGUCUACCGCAUCAAAUAUCUCAUCUAUUUUCAUCCCUAAAUCUCCGAAUUCAUCAAAUUCUGCUUCCUCACCGCCCAAAAUAUUUCUCCCACUUCCGGCCUCUCUACCAGCUGUCUCGUUAUAUGAUUCUUCUCUAAGUGGUAUGGAGUCGUCUUCUUCUUCUACGAGUCCGUCAGCCUCAUCAUCAUUGGUCAGGAGUAUGGCGUCGGAGUCAACCAGCUCAGGGUUUCCGUCCAGCGUGAGGAUUUCCAAUCUGAGUUCGAGUGCGAAUGGCGGUGGACCGGCUUUUGUAGGUCAGGUUUUUAGCAUGUGUGACCUUUCUGGGACUGGUCUCAUGGCUGUUUCCACCCAGUUUGAUAUCCCCUUUAUCUCCAAUAGAACACCACAAUGGCUUAAAAAGAUGUUUCAAGCAGUUAUGAAGAGCGAGAGGAAUGGCCCUGUGUUUCAGUUUUUCAUUGAUCUAGGAGAUGCAGUUUCUUAUGUAAAACGGCUGAGUAUUCCUAGUGGGGUGGUUGGUGCCUGUCGCCUUGAUUUAGCAUAUGAACAUUUCAAGGAAAAGCCUCACUUGUUCCAGUUCAUUCCAAAUGAGAGACAGGUCAAGGAAGCUAACAAACUUCUCAAGAAUGCACCACCAAACACUCUGAAGAGAAGAGUUGAAGGGGUUCCAGUUUUCACUGCACAGAACUUAGAUAUUGCGAUAGCCACGGGUGAUGGGAUUAAGUGGUAUACUCCGUAUUUCUUCAAUAAAAGCAUGCUAGAUGACAUUCUUGAGGAUUCUGUCGAUCAGCAUUUCAAUUCCCUAAUUCAGACGCGGCACUUGCAAAGACGUCGAGAUAUUAUCGAUGACAAUAUGGGUUCAGAUUUGUUGGAUGACAGUGCAGACAAUGUAUGGGAACCCCCAGAGGUUCAGGAAGUUCUGGACGAAAUUGGCACUCCUUCUAUUCCAUUGAGUGUCAUUACGAAGGCUGCAGAGAUACAGCUUUUGUAUACGGUGGAUAAAGUGCUUCUUGGAAACCGGUGGUUGAGGAAAGCCACUGGAAUUCAACCCAAAUUUCCAUAUGUGGUUGACUCAUUCGAGAAAAGGAGUGCAGCUUCCUUUCAAAGGGCAUCCAUGUUACCUAGUCCUGUUCCGAAUUCCGAGUCACACCCCGAAAAAAAACAACUCCAGCACUAUAACCCUUCGAAAGACGAGGUUCAGUGUGCACAUGAUCAUAAAUCCGACUUCCAUUAUCCCUUUGGAGAUUGGUUCACUAAUCCAUGGUUAAAGCCAGUUCAAGAUCAUAACCUAUCCGACAACAGAAAGAGAAGUAGUAGCCGAGAAUGCUUGAACGAAGAACCGCACCCAAACCCAUUCCUUCCAAAGAUCACCAUGGUUGGUGUGGCAACGGGUGAGGCUGGGCCAAUGAGCAAGGCGACUCUGAAGAAAACCAUGGAUGAUUUAACAAAAGAACUGGAAAACACGGACCAAGGGAACCCGACCAACGGUUUUAGUGAAUACAAGUACGAAGAUGAAAGAGACCCACUGUUUGUGGCAAAUGUGGGUGAUUACUAUUCAGGGUUGUCAAAAGCGAGUUCCGCUAGAUGGGUCCGCCGUUGAUCACCCGGAAGCUAAGUCUUUUAGAGGUUGUUUCCAUAUACUUGCAGGAAUUCUAUUUUUUUUCUUGGUAGUCGACAGGUAAAUGUAAAUUAUUAUGAGGACGUCCGUGAUCUUAAGAUGUACUUGAGCUUAUGGGGUCUGUUAAAUUGUUGUUUCAACUACAAAUCAUCUACUCAUUGGCAAUUGGCAUUGUGUGUUUUAUCUGGUUCUUAAUGUGAUUCGUUGACUAUUGACAGUCAAAAUAAAGAUAAUCCUUUGAU